AUGUCUCAACAUCAAAAGUCACCCGAAAAGCAACCACAACCACAAGAGGCUCCCAAAGACCGUGAGCCCGUGUAUGUUGCAAGUAAUCUAGUUAAUAGCCUCAAGACCACGCCCGAGGAGGGCCCCACAGCUCGUUAUUCAGAUGUUCCACCGCAUUUGCUUGAUCCUCAUUUGAAGUUGAAAACCGGUCCUAUCAGGCCACUUCCGGCUGUCAUGUCGCCGCUCCUGCCUCACCUGUCGACCGGCAAUCUGUCGCAACAGUUGGCGCCCACUUUGCGCCUUAAUCUGGACUUGUCGAAGGAGUUCGGCUUGGCAGGCCCUGCCUCCGCCUCAGGAUCGUUGUCUCUGACACCAAAGCCUGGCCUUUCGUCCGCCAACUCGGAGCUGAGGACAUGGGGCCAUUCCGUGUCCUUCUGCGAGACUGAUCUGCAAGACAGAAGUCGGAGAUUCACUAUCUCAGCGCAUCCCCUGUCUGUUCAUUUGGCCGGGCCAGUGAGACUGAACUCGAUCCAACAGAUUCCUCAAAGAAAAGUUUCGUAUACGGAAAAUUCUGCCGAGAUGCACAAUGUUGUACCUAGUAACGCACCUUUCGCAGCUAACAGGUCCACUGAGGCUCCGUUCCUGAUGAACUACAUCUCAAAUAGGGCCACAUCACCUACAGCAAUGGAUCCAGUUCUGAGACCUCCUGUUAGUUACUCUCCUUCACCCAUGCCCUCCAGAAAUAAUUCUGGUCUCCAUAUUGUCUCUGGUCUCUCCACUCUGAAGGUGCCAAACAACAACUUAGCCAGUCAAUUGAGUGGCUUGAACAUCGUAACAUCGCAAAGUAGAGAGUCCAUCUCGUCAAGGAGGGGUUCUAGACAGGGAUCGGAAGGUGUUGUCACGCCAAUUUCGAUUCUGCGGAAGAACUCUUUGACCAAGAAGUCCAAUAAGACCUUGGUGCUGUCUCCAACCGGGCCUCCUGUACCUUUUCAACAGUUUUUGACAAAGGAGGACGACAAAAAAAUUCAUAUUUUGUUGGCCUGUACUGGAAGUGUUGCUACCAUUAAGGUGCCUAUGAUCAUCGAUAAGCUUUUUCAACUCUUUGGCCCCAACAAGAUCUCCGUCCAAUUAGUUGCCACCAAAUAUGCAUGUCAUUUUUUGAAGGGCUUGAAAAUCCACAAAGAUGUUAAAAUAUGGAGAGAUGAAGAUGUUUGGACAAACUUAAGGGAAUGGGACGCCAACGCAAACACAACCACCACUCCCACCACUACAAGCGAUCCGUUGUCAAAGAAGCAGAAAACUCCGUAUGACAAGUUACUUCUAAACAACGAACUCCGGAAGUGGGCUGAUAUCAUGUUAAUUGCUCCUCUUAGUGCCAACACACUAGCGAAAAUGGCCAACGGUCUUUCAGAUAACCUCUUAACAUCUAUUGUGAGAACAUGGGGACCUACCGGAGGCUGUGGUCCAAAUUGUGCGAAAAAGCCUGUUCUAGUGGCUCCAGCGAUGAAUACAUACAUGUACACCCAUCCUCUUACAAGCAAGCACUUGAAAAUCUUGAGUCUGACAGAAGAAGGGUUUGGUAUGGAGAUUUUGAAGCCUGUUGAAAAGGUGUUAGUUUGCGGAGAUAUUGGCAUGGGAGGAAUGCGCGAAUGGCUGGACAUUGUUGACCAAUUAAGGCGUAAAAUCAAGACUCUCGUAGCAGAGAAAGCGGCAUUGAUGGGCUCCUCAAUCAGUGAAGAUGUCGUUGAGGAGAAAGAAGAGAACGAAGAUGAUGACGACGAUGAGAAUGACGAGAACGAAGAUGACGAAGAAGAUGAUGAUGAUGACGACGACGAUGACGAUGACGAUGAUGACGAUGAUGACGACGACGACGAUGAUGAUAACGAAGUCAAUAACGAUGACGACGUUAAUGAAUCAAUGGAACAAAACGUCAACCCUACGGCAGCGCGUUUUGUGAAGAAUGAUUCUGCCGCCAAGCCUACCCAAACUGGAAUGGACUUGCCCUUCGAUAGCGACAAACAAAGAGCACCAAUGUCUCGCUCAGUUUCGAUACUAAGUCUGAACAAGGUUAAGCGCCCAGAAGCUGGUGAGGGUUUGCUAUUCGAGUUUACGGAAGACCGGCCGUCCGGAAUGGCCACCGUCAGCAGUGGCCCAUUAUCUUCUGAAGUCCAAUCAAUCAUUUAA